GUCGGUGUUUCUUCAGUGGUUCGUUCUCUGGAGUUUGUGUUUGUAGCGAGUAGCAGCGAGAAGAAGCAAUACAGUAGAAAGAUUCAAUAUUCAAAUUCGAAAUUGAAAUAAUUACCUACGAUUUUUUGUUCGGUCUGUACAUAUUUUAAAAAAUUUUGUGAAUUCGUUCGGCUCGAUUAGUAUAAAUUUCCAAUCCACUUGUUUCCGUACUCAAUUAGAAGGAAUGAAGUUCGAUUGUUACAGAUGAUUUAUGGACGUUAGCAACGAUGAAAAACCAUUAAGUUGAAAUGACCAAUACUCAAAAAGAAGAACAAUCUUUGGUGUAUUUGGAUUUUUCUGAGGAUGGCGAAUUCAUUGGCCGUGUUGUGAUAAAAUUAUUCAAAGAUAUCGUUCCUAGAUCAGCGGAGAAUUUCCGAGCAUUAUGUACCGGAGAGAAAGGAAUCGGAAAAUUGGGAAAACCCCUGCAUUACAAGAACAGCAUCAUUCACAAAGUUAUGCCCAAAUUCAUGAUUCAAGGAGGUGACAUUACUGAUUUCAAUGGUAGUGGCGGUGAAAGUAUUUAUGGGCCAUUUUUCGAUGACGAAAAUUUCACUAUUAAACAUUCGGAGCCUGGUAUGGUUAGCAUGGUAAAUGCCGGUAAACCGAAUACCAAUAAUUCGCAAUUUUUCAUUACCGUUGUGGAAAGCGAGCAUUUAAACAGUCAAAAUGUUGUUAUUGGGAAAGUAGUCAAAGGUUAUCAAGUUGUUGAGUAUAUCAGCGAAACAAAAGCUGAAGAUUAUCGCCCCAUUCAUAAAUAUGUGAUAUCUGAUUGCGGAGAAAUGCCAGAAGAGGAUCUCCAUGUUACAAAUCAUUACGAUGGUACGACUGAUAUUUAUCCACUUUGGCCACAAGACUGGGACAUUGAUAAAGAUAAUUUAGAUAAAACAAGAUUAUUGCAAGUACUCACCGAUAUUAGAAAUUCUGGAAACGAAUUCUUCAAAAAAAAGAGCUUUUCAUUGGCUGGUGUGAAAUAUCGUAAAGCUCUCGAGUACAUGAAGUGUUUCAAAUCAGUAGUCGAUCAAGACACGGACGCAUUUUCCAGUAUAAAACUAAUUUGUUUAUUAAAUUCAUCAGCUGUGAAGUUAAAAAUGAAAGACUACAAAGCAUGCAUUGAUAUAUGCGACGAAGUGCUUAAAUGUGAUGAAAACAAUGCAAAAGCAAUUUAUCGCAAAGGUAAAGCCAAUGUUGCCCUGAAUAAUCAUGAUCUCGGGUUGCAAUAUUUGAAACAAGCGCGUAGGCUUGAACCUUACAAUAAAGAUAUUAUAAACGAAAUUCGCGAAGUGAAAAGAUUUAUGAGCGAAUAUCUCAUUAUUGAAAAACAAUUAUUUGCUAAGAUGUUGAAAAAAUGAUUUCUCUUUUGUUAUGUCAUGCUUUAUGUUUUUUAUUAUAUUUGUUCUUUUUUAUGUA